AUGAGAAAAGAAUUAAAAUAUAUAAUAUGGGCUCAUGUAGCAUUAGUUGUUUAUCUUAUAUAUUUAUCAUUUGAUUUAAUAACAUUAUUACAUGAUGAUACUUUUGCUGAUGCAUUUUUAGAUUUUGAAUUAAAACCAUCAUAUUCAAAACAAAAUAAACCAAUAAUAAUACCAAAAAUCAUUCAUCAAACUUAUAAAUCUGAAAAUAUUCCUGAAAUUUGGAAACCUGGACAAGAAGCUUGUAUAAAUUUACAUGAAGAUUAUCAAUAUAUUUUAUGGACUGAUGAAAUGGCAAGAGAAUUUAUAAGUGAAGAAUUUCCUUGGUUUUUGAAAACUUGGGAUAAUUAUAAAUAUAAUAUUCAAAGAGCUGAUGCUAUAAGAUAUUUUGCUUUAUAUCAUUAUGGUGGAGUUUAUAUUGAUUUAGAUGAUGGUUGUGAAAGAAGAUUAGAUCCUUUAUUAACUGUUCCUGCUUUUGUUAGAAAAACUAUUCCAACUGGUAUAUCAAAUGAUGUUAUGGGAGGAGUACCAAAUCAUCCAUUUUUUUUAAAAGCAAUAGAAUCUUUAAAAAAUUAUCAAAGAAAUUGGUUAGUUCCUUAUAUAACUAUAAUGAUAUCAACAGGUCCAUUAUUUUUAUCUGUAAUAUGGAAACAAUAUAAAAGAUGGGGAGUUCCAGAAGCUGGGAAAGUUAGAAUAUUAAUGCCUGAAAAUUAUAAAGGUUAUCAAAAUUCAUUUUUUGCAAUAGCACCAGGAUCAUCAUGGCAUAUGAGUGAUGCAACAUUUAUAAAAAGUUUAGCAAAUCAUUUAGUAUUAGCAGUAAUUGGAGGAUUUUGUAUUGCUAUAACUAUAUUAGCAAUAGAAUAUUUAUUUUAUUCAUUUAUAAUAUCAAAUUUUUUUAAAAAAUUUACUGGAAAAAUUGGAGGAUUUUUUAUGUGGAUUUUAACUGGAAUUUUGAGGUUUUUUAAUUUAGAUAAAUUUAUUGACAAUUGGAAAUUUAAAUCAUUAGAUUCUGGAGAUGUUAAUGAAAAAUUAAAUAAUGGUAAGGCAAAUAAAAAUCAAAAAAUAAGUCUCAUGAAAUUUCUUAAAAAUUCAAAUAUAAAAAGAAGAUCAAGAAAAGAUUCAAAUAUUCCUAUAGAAAUUGAAUUAUUAAAUAAAUUAAAUAAUGAUGGAUUAAUAAUAACUGAUGAUGAUGAAGAAAGUAAUAUAAGUAUAGAUAAUGAUAACAACCAGAAUAUAGAGAAACUUUCAUUAUUGAAAACAGAAGAACAUAAUAUAUCAUCUACAUCUUCUUUAACAUCAUCAUCAGAUGAAGAUGAUGAUAUUAUAGAUAAUGACAUAGAAUUCCAACAACAACAAAAACAAAUGAAAGACAAUAAUGAUAAUAACGAUAAUAAUGAAAAAGAAGGUGGGUAUAAAUAUAAUGAUAAUAUUGUAUAA